GUUUCUCUCGGGUGUAGGUUUCGUACCCGGAAGUUUAAUGUAAAUUGAAAUUUACGCGCGCUGCAAGAAGAAAAACCGACGGCGGGGUUGGGACAGUUGGAUGAACUUUCGUAAACUUAAACCUAUUGAAGAAUAUUUCUACCAGAAUGGGAAAACGAGAAGCUUUUCUACAGGCAAUCAGCAAGAAGAAUGUGGAUUCCUUUUUGUACUUCACAAAGCGUAAUAAGGACAGCUCAGAUCAGUUUGACUUGGAUGAGCUGCUCCAAGAGCUGCCAAGAAAACAGAAAGAGGAACUGUGGAAUAAAUUAUUACAACUCCUGGUAGAUAUUCUAAUGGAGCAUCCCAUGGAAAGAUGGCAUUGUGAUCUUGAACAGGAAAGUGGUGAUGAAAUGGAAGUAGAAGUCUCUGAUGACUUGAAACAUGCUUUUAAUGUAAUUGAUGGGAUUGUCCUGAUAACAGAGGCAUCAAUUCCUGUAAUAGAAAAGGACAUUGAUUAUGGAGCCCUUACAGAAUGUGCAGUUAUAUUAAACGGCAUUGUGAAUGCUUUACCCCAAUCACAGAUAAUCAUUAGAAAUUCAAUACAGAAACUUUGUGGAGCUUGGUGGAAAAAUGGACUUGAUGGCAAAGAUGAGCUUGGAAAAACUGCAUUCAUUAUGGUUUUGGAGAAAAGUUUGCUUUUAAAUAACUUGGUUGGAGACAUACAGCGCUUAUGGAAGCUUCACCCUGUUCUUCUAAGCUUUGAUUACAACUGUCAUGAAAAUGAUGAGCUGAAGAACAUGCUGUUGCAGUGCUUUUUAAGUGUUAACCAUAUAAAGCGGGAAGAGGGACGGCGUUUUUUGAGUUUUGUUUUUAGCUGGAAUGCAAAUUUUAUCAAGUUAAUUCAUGAAGCUAUUAAAAUUAAGCUGCAGUAUUUUCCAAAGUCUGUUGUAGAAAAUGUUGCAGAGUUAUACUUUAGAGCCUGGAAGAAAGCAUCGGGAGAUUUUUUAAAGGAAAUUGAAAAUGUAUGCAUCCAGGAUUUAAUGCACCAUGGUGUUCAUCUAUAUAGAAGUUCUCCUGUACAUUCCAAAGUUCGUCAGAUAUUGAGAUUCUUUCACAACCAGAAACAUCGGCAAGGCGUAGAAGAAAUGCUUUAUAGACUAUAUCAACCUAUUCUUUGGAGAGGUUUGAAGGCAAGAAAUUCAGAUGUUCGUGCAAAUGCUGCUUUGCUGUUUACAGAGGCCUUCCCAGUUCGGGAUCCCAGUUUUAACAGCGAGACUAUGGAUAAUGAAAUUCAAAAACAGUUUGAAACUUUGUUUAAACUCUUGGAAGACCCUCAACCAAUUGUCCGCUCAUCGGGUAUACUUGGUGUGUGCACAAUAGUUGCCAAGUACUGGGAAAUGAUACCUCCUGCCAUCAUUACAGACCUAAUAAAAAAACUUUUAGUUGAUCUGUCUGCAGAUAUGAGUUCUGCUGAAGUUCGGUGUUCUGUUUUUAAGUGCAUGACAGUAAUUUUGGACAACAAACUAAGCCACCCUCUUCUUGAACAGCUAUUACCAGUUCUUAAAAACAGCUUGCAUGAUCAUUCAGAGAAAGUCAGAGUGGCUUUUGUGGAUCUUUUGCAAAAAAUCAAAGCUGUCAAAGCGGCUAAGUUUUGGAAAGUGUGCUCAAUGGAACACCUCUUGGUCAGACUUGAAAUUGACUCUCCACCUGUUUCCAAGCGAAUUGUGAACCUUCUUUUUAACUCCUUCUUCCCUGUUAAUGAAUCUGAAGUAGUCUGGUGUGAGCGAUGUGUUACACUAAUUCAGAUGAAUCCAAUGGCUGCAAGAAAGUUCUAUCAGUAUGCAUAUUUUUAUACGGCCCCCACAAAUAUAGCAAAACUUAUGCUGACUAUUCGUCGAUGCUUAAAUACACUAAUUCAGAAAUCAAUGAAAGAAGAUCAAGAUGAAGCUUUGGAAAGCAACAAGGAAAAUUCAAGUGUUUUGGAAGAAGUUUUGUCUGUUCAUGACACUGCCAGUGUAGCUGGACUUUUGGAAGUAACUGUUAUUCUGUGGAGAACCAUUCACAAAUCUUUACAAAUUAACAAAGAUGCUUUCAGCUUUACUGUUGCUAAAUUUGCUUCUGUGAUGCCGGAGUACUUCAAAUUAUUUCAGGAUGACCGAUGUAUAGCUCCAUUAAUAAUACUAGCUUCCUUUAUGCCUCCUGCAACUAUUCCAACCUUCAGUUGUGGAGUUCUGUCAAAACUGAGAAAUCUGGAGAAAGGUGCCCCAGAAAGCAAGUACUCUCUGCUUAUUGAUUGUCUUUGUCAGUGGGGUCAAGUCGGACAUCUUACAGAGCUUAUCACAGAUUGGCUUACUGAUGUAGUUUCCCAGAAAAAGAGUAAAAGAGAUUCUCAGCGAAGAGUCCGCAUCCAGGAAGUAAUGGAAUCCAAACCAGACCUGGCAAUAGUCUAUUUAGAGUACAUAUUGACACACACCAUCAAUCGUGAAUGUUUGCUGGCUAUGCCUCAGAAUAAAUUAAAUCAACUUCUAAAAUCACUUUUGUCAUUAAAGGAGAUGCUCUUUUCAAGUAUAAGCUCAUCUGAGGCUGAAGCCAGCGAGACUGACACACAGACUGCACUCAGAGGAUUUGUGAUUCACUGUCGUCUAAGUGUCCAUCUUCAUCACAAAUUUAACACAAGUGAAAAAAACUAUCUGUCAUUUCUGGAGAACACUUCUGAGGAGCUACUUGAGAAAGUCCUACCUUUUUUGAGAGGGCCAAGAAGUGAGGAUCAGUCCAUAAAGAACCAGACUGCAUUAGCAAAAGAGGUUAUUGAAGCAUUCCUGUCAGUAUUGAAGGAUGUGAUAAUGAUAGGUUUUGCUGACAUUGACUUUCAAGGACAAAGCCUGCAACUCUGCCUUGAUGUUCUUCAAACUGGUGGAGGAUAUAUGUGCCUACCUGUAAUGAUCCCUGUUCUGAAAGAAAUUACUUUGUGUGCUCUGGCACAGUCUCACCAUAGUGAAAGCGAAGAGCUCUCAUUACUUUUAGUGGUUAUCCAGAAUGUUUUCCAAAAAAUUCUAGAAAGUAUUGCAAGCACACUGCGCAAAGAUAGAGAAGAAGCAUUGCGGAUGCUUAAUUCGAUUCAAAUGGCUCUCGGAGAAUUAAUUUGUGUAAUUCAAGACUGGCAUUACCCUAAUACCUCUGUUCUUCGUGGUGUUCUCUCCAGUAUACUAGCUGCAAUGUUGGUGGAAAUGGCCCGUACUUUGCAAAAGAUUUCCUGUCCUGAAGAUUUAAAUCCUCCAAAUUCUGUUGAAGACUUGCCUCCUUUAUCCUGCUUGUUGCUGAAAAUCAUUCUUAAAUCGCCAAAACUAAUCAGAUCACUUCUAAUGGAGUUGAUUGAAUCUGUUGAAUCUGAAGCAGUGGAAGGUCUUCAUUCAUUAGCUGUUGUCCUUUUCAUAUUAAAAGUACUCGUGCUGAAUAAAUAUAAAGAAACUAGCAUCAAGAUUGCCACUGCCUCUGUUCAAAGAAGACUGCAGUCACACUGUGAACUUUUAAAUGAAGAUGAUCUUUCUUUCGAAAGGAAAGUGUAUCAACUAUCUGUCCAGCUGGUGAAUAAAAUUCUGCAGUUAUGAUAUAUUACUUAUUUUCUUGCUUUGAUUGUGUGUGUAUGACCACGGCUAAUAAAUAUUUCUAAAUAAUUUUAAUUAUGUCACAUUUAGUAGAGCGUAGAAGUAAAAGGUGUUGGACUUGUGUUGAUAUCAACAAAAAAAUGUAACUGUGUUACUUGCCUUUUUUUAGUGAAGUAUAUGUACAGUGUUACUCUCAUUUUUAAUGUUAUAAAAUAUUAACAUGUAUGAUAUUUAUACAUUUGCUGUUUUGUGUUUCACUUUAUUACUUUUCAUGUAAUUAAUAUGAACAGUUGCAAAGUUUUGUAAAGUACUGCAAGCUUUUUUCUUCAAUUACUGAAAAAUUUGAAGGAGAUUGUAAUGUUGGUGCAAAAUUUUUUUUAAAAAUAUUUAUUCUGUAUAUUUUAUAUCUGAUAUAUUUUUAUUAUACAAGACCGGCUGUUUGUAUGUCUGUGUUAUUACUUGUUUACGUACUGAUGAUGAAAGUAGAGCAGGCAGGACUUUUUUUUUUUCUUGCAUAGAUAACCCACUGAUACCAAUGAACUAAUGCCAUUUCACAAUUUUUGUUCAUGAAACCAAAAUGCACUGUUAGCAAUAGCAUGCAGCUGGAAAUUGUAACUGUCUUUCGAACAUUUACAGUUAAAUAAAAGCAAGUCUUUAGAUGUA